GCUGCUGGACGUGUCGGCGGCGGCCGCGGAGUGCGAGCGGCCGGAGCCGCGGCAACAACAACAACCCCGACCCCGACAGCACCCGGGAGGCGGACACGGGGGCACCCGCCUUGCCUUCCCCCCUUCCCGGGCUUCCAAGCACCGCCCCGCCCGGUUGCUAGCCCGGGAAGGGGAGGGCGGGUUGGGGGGGCGGAGGCCUGGCCCGCUCCGGCGCACCGGGGCCGGCUGAGGCGAGGGAAGGAUCCCGACCCCCCCCCCCCUCCCUCCCUCCUUUCCCUUCGCCUCCCGCCUUCUCCCCGCCGCCCCUCACCACAAGGCCGCGCCCGGGAAAGCGGCGGCUCCGCCGAGGCCCAGGUUUUCCCAAGAGACAGUACAUCUAACACUUAACUUGGAUCAUCUCUUGUGUUCAUCAGCUUGAAAACUGUAACAAUCCCCCUCAAACUGAAAAAGAAAAAAAUAAAAAACCUAUAAAAAAGCUGUGACAAAUGGACAAUAUGUCUAUUACUAACACCCCAACAAGUAAUGAUGCUUGUCUGAGCAUUGUCCACAGCUUGAUGUGCCAUCGCCAAGGGGGAGAGAGUGAAACCUUUGCCAAGCGUGCAAUUGAAAGUUUAGUUAAAAAGCUAAAGGAGAAAAAAGAUGAAUUGGAUUCUUUGAUUACAGCUAUAACCACAAAUGGAGCUCAUCCUAGCAAGUGUGUUACAAUCCAGAGAACCCUGGAUGGGAGGCUUCAGGUGGCUGGUCGCAAGGGAUUCCCUCAUGUGAUUUAUGCUCGACUUUGGAGGUGGCCUGAUCUUCAUAAAAAUGAACUCAAGCAUGUUAAAUAUUGUCAGUAUGCUUUUGACUUAAAAUGUGACAGUGUCUGUGUAAAUCCUUACCAUUAUGAGCGUGUAGUAUCACCUGGCAUUGAUCUCUCAGGACUGACACUACAGAGUUCUGCUCCAUCAAGCAUGUUGGUGAAAGACGAGUACGUUCAUGACUACGAGGGGCAGCCAUCGUUGUCUUCUGCUGAAGGGCAUUCUGUUCAAACCAUCCAGCACCCCCCAAGUAACAGGGCAUCUACAGAGCCUUAUAGCACCCCAGCCAUGUUAGCUCCUACUGAGGCUAGCACUACCAGCACCACUAACUUUCCCAACAUUCCUGUGGCUUCAACAAGUCAACCUACCAGUAUAUUGACAGGUAGCCAUAGUGAUGGACUCUUACAGAUUGCUUCAGGGCCUCAGCCAGGAACUCAGCAGAAUGGGUUUACAGCUCAGCCAGCUACUUACCAUCACAAUAGUACCACAACUUGGACUGGAAGUCGGACAGCAGCCUACACACCCACCAUACCUCACCACCAGAAUGGCCAUCUUCAGCAUCACCCACCUAUGCAUCCUGGACAUUACUGGCCAGUUCACAAUGAACUUGCAUUCCAGCCUCCUAUAUCAAAUCAUCCUGCUCCAGAGUAUUGGUGUUCAAUUGCAUAUUUUGAAAUGGACGUGCAAGUUGGGGAGACAUUUAAAGUCCCCUCCAGCUGUCCCAUUGUCACUGUUGAUGGCUACGUGGAUCCUUCUGGAGGAGACCGGUUCUGCCUGGGCCAGCUUUCCAACGUGCACAGAACAGAAGCCAUUGAGAGAGCAAGGUUGCACAUAGGUAAAGGGGUGCAGCUGGAGUGCAAAGGGGAAGGAGAUGUGUGGGUGAGAUGCCUCAGCGACCACGCUGUCUUCGUGCAGAGUUACUACCUGGAUCGAGAAGCAGGGCGUGCUCCAGGGGAUGCUGUUCACAAGAUUUACCCAAGUGCAUAUAUAAAGGUGUUUGAUUUACGCCAGUGUCAUCGUCAGAUGCAACAGCAGGCUGCCACUGCCCAAGCUGCUGCUGCUGCUCAAGCUGCUGCAGUAGCUGGAAACAUCCCAGGACCAGGAUCAGUAGGUGGAAUAGCCCCAGCCAUUAGUUUGUCAGCAGCCGCUGGGAUCGGUGUAGAUGACCUUCGCCGCUUGUGCAUACUCAGGAUGAGUUUUGUAAAAGGUUGGGGACCUGAUUACCCAAGGCAGAGCAUCAAAGAGACCCCCUGCUGGAUUGAAAUUCAUUUACACCGGGCCCUCCAGCUCCUAGAUGAAGUCCUUCACACCAUGCCUAUUGCAGACCCACAGCCUUUAGACUGAGACCCCCCCCUCUGCACUGCUGCGGGCCCUUAUCUUGUGAGGAUGGUGGAUUGUAAAAUACAAUUCUGUUUAUAACCUGAAGAUAUAUUUUACUUUUUGUUCUGCUUAAUCUUCUGAAAAACAAACAAACACCACAAACAAACAAAACCAAAACUCCCUUUCCCCCCCCUUGGUUUUAAAAAUGUGUUUGCCACCUUGCUCUUAGCAGAAAGAAACUGAACAUGCAGAAUUUGGAUUUCAGUUCUUUUCAGAAGUUUUCACAAUACGUGGCUCAGGGCUUGAAGUGAAUGAGAAAUGCCUUCUAGAGACUUCACAGUGUUGGGUUUGUCCCCUGGGAAACUUCCCUUCUCUAUGAUGGCAUCUUGGUGAUGAGCCUCCCAGGAGCCUUUUGUAUGCAGAAUAUAUAUUAUAUAUAUAUUUAUAUCUGAAAAUUCCUUCUACUAGUUAUAAAACAUUUACCUGACAGCAACUUUAAAAUUCCAGCUGAUUGGUGAUGUUCUUUUUGAGGGAACAAGAGCUAACAGAAGAACUUUUUAUAUUUUGUUGACUAUUUUGUCAUGGGUUUUUCCAGAUUAAUCUUUUUCCAGAUGAAAAGGUAGAAGCUGCCAAAAACGUGAGGGACGAGACACACGUUGUUGGUUAAAAAUAGGAAGGAAAGGAAGUGUGGCUUUCCCUUCACUAGUUAAAAAAAAAAUUUAUAUAUAUCUUAGAUUUUUAUUUAUAUAGGCACGUGAGUUUUAAAACACUAAAGAAAUGGGUGCUUUCAGUGCUGGCACUCAACUGAAAACAGACCAUGAAAUACCCAGUCUGCAAAGUUGCCACUGAAAUUACUACUGAUUUCUCUGAUGUCACUCAAGUCAAAACUUGGCAGGUAUUUUCCAACCAAACAGUUGGAUGCCUCUUUUGUCUUGAGUGUAUCAUGGAUAAUAUUCCAUCUUUAGGAUCCAGUUUUUGUAUCUGUUCACCAUUUCCUCUCAGGGCAAGAUGGCAAACUUGUUUUUAUACCUCUUGGUUCUUUGAAGCCCUUCUGCCAUCAACGACCGUAUCAAUUGGCAAUGACUUUGUAUAGAGAAUUUAUAGUAGAAAAGGAAAAAAAAAAUGCAAAUGUAUUGACUGUAUGACAGAUACAAUAUGUAUGCUUUCUUCUCUAGUUAAUAGUAUAAAUAAACUAAUGAAAACCCUGAUUUUUUAUUUUUUAAAUGUAAAUUUAGUUUGCUUCUCUUAUGUAAUUCUGCACCUGAUGGAUGAUUUUCCUUCGCAGGACCAGCAGCAGCCAAUAGUGGGAGGAGGUUUUUUGUUUAAAGUCACCAGGGAGCAAGUCCCAAUUUUCUUAACACCUCCUGAGGGUAUCUCUUCCAGCUUUUAUGCCAGAGUAUGAAGAGGAAUUCCUGAUGGUUUUUUUUUCCAGCCUGUGUGGAAGGAGUUGGAGCUGAAUUUAGCUUUGAAAUCCAUCGGCUCCGGAUUAAAUCCUUCAAGCGCUGCCGGUUCUGCUCCUCCUGCUGAGCUGGACUGUGCUGAGCUGACCUGGCAGCAUAGUUGUGGUGGUUUAUCAUAAGCAGAAGAUCUUGGAAGAGAUUAUUCAGCAGCUUUUGGCCAAGUUUCUUUAAUCAUGUCAGGAAUCUGCAGAGGGCUGAGGCACAGAGUGUUCAGGUAGCGCUUCUCCCAGGCGCUGAAAUCGGAGUCAGCAGUCGUUGUUUCUAUCUUAGAAGCACUCAGAGAUGAUGCUUUCUGGCCAGAAAUGGAGGAGUUUUCUCCAUAUUUCAGUGUUGCUUUCUUCAGACUUAACUUCUAAAAAACUUCUCUGCUCCCUCACCCUUUUGUGGCAUCUUCUUGACGUUUGGAAAAACAGUGUUUGCUUUUUUUUCUCUUUAAAUUUCAAACCUUUUUAAUUCUCUUUCCUCCCCUAACAAUCUCAUUUAUCCAAAGAGGAAGCUGCAUCAGUUUCUUGAGGAACACAUUCAGGAUUCUCCAGCAUCCUUGGAGAAAAAUUACCCUUCACCCCCCCAAAAGAAAACUUGACUUGGGGGAAGAACUGAAAAGCCCAACUGCACGUUCUCCUUACCAACCUCCUUUUUGAAUUGUCUGCUCUUUCUGCUGAGUUUCAAGUUCCCCAGCAUCUCACCUUUUUAGUGAUGAAUUGACUGUUAAGCCCAGGAGUUUAAUCCUUGUUUCACAUUGCAGUUUUGUGAGGGCCUUAUCAUACUGAUCUGUAUGAGGUUACUUCACAGAAAACCCUCUGUACUGGCUGCUGAUGUUCUGAUUGUGCCAAACUUUGAUAAAACACAGUGUAAAAUUACUUUUCCUUGCCUCUUGGGGUUCUUGUUUGUCUUAAAGUCUGAAGGAAUUCAGCUCUUAAGGGGUUGGUUGUUGGUUUUUUGGUUUUGGAUAUCUACCUACAGUGAAUGGUACCUCCAGUGACUUAAAUGGCCAAAACUGUUCAGAAAAUGGAACAAAAAAACAUCAGAUGAGUUUGUGAGACUCAAGAAAUCAUAAGGAGAACUCUGAAUGGACUUCAUCUUGCCCACCAGGCAGUUACAGAGAGGAUGCUGUUAAAGGGCAAAAUGAGAGAAUCUCACUUUCAUGUGCCUGGUACUUUUUGGACUUUGAUGGCAAAGCAGAAAUGGGCUGGGAACCCUUCAGCACCAGCAUGUUGAACCUUGACAGUCUUGCAUUUAGGGCUCUAUCUGAGCUUCAGAGAAGCUCCUUGAUGCUCCCCAUCCCCCCUGGAGGCAAAGCCAUCAAGACUCCUCCAAUCCCAUCUCCUUCUUCAGCACCCAAUGUUCUAAACUUGGUGAAUCCAAUGAAUCAUUUUUCAGCUAGCCAGCUCUCCUUGCUCUCCCCAUGUCUUUCCUUGCUUCUUUCCAUGAAGAUAAUCACCUCCCUGGGUAUCUCACCUCAAAAUGAGCUUUGUGCUGGAGCACUUGUUCAUUGCCCUUUGUGUCCUGGGGAGCUGGGAUCAGCACCAGAAGGUUUGGGUGGUUUUGGCCCUGUUAUUGUUGGUUUGGAAAGCCACAGGGUGUUUUAUGUUAAGAUGGUAAAGGAAAGGAAAGCUUUUCCCUGGAAUGCUUUAAAAGGACUUAAAAUUCUGACAGGUCCUUGGAAGGAGCUGAAACUGCAAAGCUGGUUAGAAAUGGUUCCAUGUUCUGGGCUUAGAUAGGAACCUGGACCUCCUGGCUGUGAUCUAAAGCACUUCAUGAGCAACGGAGGAUUUGGGGAAGUUCUCUGGCUGCUUUAUAGAGAGGGACCUAAAGGACAGAGGGUACAAGGGGUCUCCCCUGGUCACCCAACAGCUCUGUAGCAGCAGCAGUCAUGGAACCUGUGUCCAAGUCCUGUGCCUUACCUUUGAGGCCAUCUUCACUUCUUGUGACACUUCUGAAGAUGACAGCAUCCUCUCUUUGGAGCUCAAAUCUUUGCCUAGGAAUCAUGCAAAAAACCUUAUUAUUUUGCAGGAAAAGAGGGUGAGGAGAGUGGGGUUCUGCCAUGGAACCCUUGGAAUGUUGUUUCUGUCUUGAUGGAGACAUCUUGAACCUCUUCUUGGAAGAGUAAGUGCUGUAGAAAGGAUCUUCUUGAGCUGCAUGGAGUGAGUGGGGGAAUCCCUGGUUGCUUCUUGAAUUCAAGCCAGAGAGAUGGGGCUGCUUCUAAGUGGGCUUUAGACAUGAUUGAGGAAAUCCUUUUUCUUUUUCCCCUCCUCUUCCUCCUCCUUCUUCUCUCAGGCCCUGUGCUGCUUAACAUAAAAAUCAGAAGCUCCAUAAAACCAGAAGCUGCUCAGUUCUCAGGUAUCGUGUAGGAGGCAGUUUUGGAGAGGUUCCUUUCUUCUUGUGUGUUGAAAGUACCACAAAAGCUGUCACCCGGUCCUGCUGACAACAGGAGGAUUCCUGUCACUGGGAACAGGUUUGUGAGGAGCUAGACUGGGGACUGAGGUCUGCAAGCUGCCUCUUGUAGGACCUUGGUGUUCCUCAGCGCUAAGCUGGUGGCUUCUAACCCCCCUUACCUGGAGAAGCUGGCACUUUGAUCACAGAUAAGGAAAAAAAUCCCAAUGGGAAAGCACUUCUCCAUCAGAUGGAGGAGCUGGAUGGGAAUCAUGGGGUGACCCACCUCAAAAACCUUGUUCUGGAUGGUGUGUUCUGAAACCCAGUUGGGAGGUACCACCAGGCUGAGGUCCCUGAGAACCAACUUGACUUCUCAAGGUUGGGAAAAUCCUUGGUGAGAGGAGAACCUCUGGAGAUUUUUUGGGGCACUGCUGGCUGCUCUUGUGCCUUGUGAGUGAUCCUGAUCCAUCCUUUGAAAACUGACAGCACUUCCAAGCUCUCCAGACAAAUCCAUCCCCUGGUGCUUUCUUGCUCCAGCUCCUUCUGUGUCUUUUUUAUUUUGGUGACAAUUGGUAGCACUGCCACAUUGUGCUUCAGCUGGCUUGAGAGCUGCAAAACACUGAGACCCAAAACUCACCUCGAGAGGGUUUGUUUUCUUUUUUUUUGUUUUGUUUUCAGCAUGAGAACCUGGUGAAAAGUUUCUUCUUUUAGCCAUUGCCUUUUGAUAAGCGGUCAAACCAGAAUUCCCAGUAGUUCCUUUGUAGCUUUCCUGUCUGUUUUUCAUUAGACCUAGUUUGUGGAUAAUCUCCUGUAGUUAACUUUCCUGAACUUCUGUAACAGAGUAUGUUUUUGAUUAAAAAAGGUCAAGAUUCAAA